AAUCUGUAGUAAUUUCAGUCGCUCCAUUAAUUUUGUGAGUUUAUAUUUCUUUAAAUUUCAGCUAAUCAACAUAAUUGCUUUUCCUUCGCUUGUGUAUGUACACAAACGAAAACAGCUGCCUUUUGUCGUCAGAAACUUUAUAAAUAAGAAAUUAUUUUCAUAGCAAUAACACGGGGGCCUGUUAUGUUGAAAUAAAAUUCUUUUCGACAAAAGGGCGACACAAUUCUCUUCUAUUGAACUGAUUGACAAAAAUUCUCAUCGUUAACUGUAGAAUAACUGUAAAAAGUAUCAUUUCAAAAGUAAACGUCAUUAUAGAUACAACAUAUGGAGGACAAAUUAACAGAGGAACAAAUAGAAGAAUAUCGCGACGCCUUUCGAUUUUUUGACAAAGAUGAAAGUGGUUACAUCACGACAAAAGAACUUGGUUCAAUCAUGCGCAGUUUGGGUCAAAACCCAACGGAAGUUGAAUUACAAGUGAUAAUGAAUACAGUUGAUUUUGAUGGCAACGGUACGAUCGAUUUUAACGAAUUCGUCAACAUGAUGAUCAACAUUAACAAUAAUACUCUUGAUGAAACAGAACUAGUUGAAGCAUUUCGUACGUUCGAUAACGAUGAUAAAGGAUAUAUAUUUUCAUCAGAGUUGCGCACUGUUCUACAUUAUCUUGGGGAUAAUAUUCCAGAUGAGGAAAUUAACGAUAUUGUUAAAGAUGCAAGACAUGGUUAUAAUAGGAAAAUCAACUUUGAAGAAUUCAAGCAAAUGGUUAAGCCAUAGUGAUGGAGCAUCCGAAAGGGAAGAUAAAAAAUAUGUGAAGUUGGAGACGUUUAACUGGCUCUCAUAUAAACGUGUUUUGUUUAGCUGAUGAAAAAUUACGUGAAAAUAAUAACGCGAAAAGGAUCAUUAUAUAGACAUGCAGCUUUCAUUUGAAAUUGGAUUGGAUCGGAUCAAGAUUGAUUUUUUUAAAUAAACUUCACUUCAGUAUCUUUGAUAUGGUCGAGUGAAUCCAUGACUCUUUGUACUGUAAAUUAACGUGCCAGAAUGCCAAAAUGAUAACUAACUAACAAUGUAAAAUUCAAAUACAAUUCUUCUAAUUUCGA